GCCCCGCCUUUCUAUGGGACAAUACAAGGCAAUUCUCUCUUUCUACCGCCUAAACUGAACUAACCCAAGAGAUACAACCCACUCUCACGCCCGUUUCCAUCGACUUUGUCCUUUCGCUUCGCUUCGCUUUGCAUCGUGAGACCGUCGAUUUUCUUCUCUCCUACACUUCAAUCCACUCGCCCAUCCACCCCUCAUCCUAAAGAUCCCGUCUCCUGACGUAGACCGCAAUCAUGUCUCAAUCCGGUGCCACCGUUUCGCAGGACUGCAUAACUGCCUUCAACGACCUGAAGCUUAACAAGAAGUACAAGUACAUCGUUUACAAGCUUUCCGACGACUACAAGGAGAUCGUUGUCGAGCACGCCUCCGACAACAACGACUGGGAGGACUUCCGUGAGAAGCUGGUCAACGCUACCUCCAAGAGCCGAACUGGCGCUGUUGGCAAGGGUCCCCGUUACGCCGUCUACGACUUCGAGUACAGCCUGGCCUCCGGCGAUGGUAUCCGAAACAAGAUCACCUUCAUCGCCUGGUCUCCCGAUGAUGCCGGUAUCCAGCCCAAGAUGAUCUACGCUUCCUCCAAGGAGGCUCUUAAGCGAUCGCUCACCGGCAUUGCCACCGAGCUCCAGGCCAACGACACUGAUGACAUCGAAUACGACUCCAUCCUCAAGACCGUCAGCAAGGGUCUUGCUGGUUAAGCGAGCUGUCACCGACUACCCAAUCGCCGCCCGCGCUCCCAUAUAGAAGCGGGCGGACGUGGAAUUUGAACAUACCUAUGGCUGUUUCAAGAGUUGAGACACCAAAACAAGCAAAUGAGUAGGAGUGCAUAGUGAGUGGGUGGAACAAACGCGCGGGGACGAUGGAAUGUUUCGUUUCCUCCAGAGACGCAGACCAGCGAGUUUGCUUCUGGAGGCGAGACCUAAAUUCGCAUAAUUGCCAGCCCUGGCCAUGUAUCGUACGUACCACGGGAAACAAAACCGCAUGCUGGUAUGUGGCAACCAUUGGCA